ACGGUCACAUGAUCGUGGGUAUUUAAGACGCUCGCCUCCCUUCUCGCUGAAGCCGGAGCUGUCGGGGCAGGUGUCUCCUCUCUCAUCUAACCGUUUGUCUCGCCAUCCUCGGGGUUUGGGCUGCACCAUCGGCUCCGACAUCAUGACAGACCAAGCAUUUGUGACGCUCGCCACAAGUGACAGCUAUGCAAAGGGAGCUCUGGUCCUUGGGAGGUCUUUACGGGACCAUCGGACCACCAGGAAUCUGGCAGUGCUCCUUGGCCCCCAUGUGUCUGAGCCUUUCAGGGAAGCCCUUCGCCAGACCUUUGACGAAGUCAGACUUGUGGAUGUCAUGGACAGUGGGGAUUCUGCUCACCUGGCCCUGAUGAAGAGACCUGACCUGGGUGUCACCUUCACAAAGCUGCACUGCUGGACGUUGACCCACUACUCCAAAUGCGUCUUUAUGGAUGCGGACACUAUGGUGCUGUCAAACGUAGAUGAACUGUUUGACCGAGAGGAGCUCUCUGCUGCCCCAGACCCUGGCUGGCCGGACUGCUUCAACUCCGGCGUCUUUGUGUUUCGUCCAUCCAAUGAAACGUAUGGGAAACUUCUCCAGUACUGUACAGAACAUGGCAGCUUCGACGGUGGAGACCAGGGAGUGUUAAAUUCUUUUUUCAGCAACUGGGCAACUGCAGACAUUUCAAAACAUCUACCCUUCAUUUACAACCUCAGCAGCAUCGCAAUCUACUCCUACCUUCCAGCAUUUAAGCAGUACGGUAGCAAUGCUAAGGUGGUUCAUUUCUUGGGGAAAACCAAGCCGUGGAGCUACAUGUAUGACAGCACAGGGAAGCGUGUGCUGGGGACCGUCCAGGAGUCGUCCACACAUCCCGGCUUCCUGCAGAAGUGGUGGGACAUUUAUGCCAGCACAGUGGCACCCCUGCUGCUCAAGCUACAUGGUGAUCAGCAGUUCCACUCUGGAUGUGUGGUAGGUGAGGCUGAAGCUGGGGUGAGGCAUCUUGACAUUUCCCAAGAAGAACCAGCCCCCGUCUCCUCCGAAGAGCGAAAGCAGAGGUGGGAGCAGGGACAGGCGGAUUACUUGGGAGAGGACUCUUUUGACAACAUUCAGAAAAAGCUGGACUCUUUCCUCAAGUGAAGGUGAAAUGAAGUGCAGUGUUGCUAGAUCGGGGCUGUAAACCCUGUAUGGUACACGUGCUAUCAACACUUCUGACUCUGGCUGUGUCCUCCAUUCUGGUCAUGUUAGAACCUUUCACUUGGAGUUGCUCCUCCUUUUGCAGAAAAGCUUCAUUCUUGAAGGAGUGUAGAUGUAGUUGACAAAACUGUUACUGUAUAGACUGAAAUCCUUGUACUAGUGUAACUGCUAUAUAAAGUGUAUACAUACUGUGUAUAAGGGAAUAAAGUCUUCAUACAGAAUGGUA